AUGGUGCACCCGGGUUACCUCGGAUACUCCAACUCCAAGGAGCACCGCAACGAUCUGGCACUGAUCUUCCUGCAGAAGUGCGUGGCGCUGGGGCCGGACGUGGGGACCAUCGCCCUGGCGACGCAGCAGGAGUAUGAGGCGGCCUUCAACAGCACUUUGGUGGUGUCAGGCUGGGGCACGACGUCGUCGGGCGCCUCCGCCGGCGGCCAGAACGGCAGAAAGGCGUCCCAGCUGCAGUACGGCCUGCUGCAGCGCGUCGACCCCGCCAGCUGCCGCGCCAGCGUCGGCGCCGACCCGGCCGCCAACAUCUGCGCGGGCAGCGUGCCAGCAGUAGACGGCGGGGUGGUUCCUUUCCAAGACUCGUGCCAGGGUGACAGCGGGGGCCCUGCAGUGUUUAACAUCGGGGCACCCCUCGACCCUAUCGGGUCGGGGGCCGCGAGGGACGACCGGUUGGUCGGAAUCGUGUCGUAUGGCUACGGGUGCGGGCAGCCGGGGAUGCCAGGAGUAUACACCAACGUCCCGACCUAUCGAGACUGGAUUGUGGCCCAGAUGGACGCGACGCGCAAGCCGUGCGCAGCUUCCGCCCCGGCCACCUUUGUGGCGGCCAGCGCCACCCAGAACUGGGCGGGACGCCCCAGCCGCUCCUUUACCCUCAAGAUGACGUCAUCUGACGUCACCCCGGCGUCGCUGGUGGACCGAUGCCAGGCCGCCUGCGCGAAGCGCGCCGCGGCGCGCGCGUCGCAGCGGCCCGCCGCGGGCUGCGCCGCUUUCAGCGUGAGCGUCGCCCUGGGCCGGCUGGCGUCGGACGCGUCGGCGCCGCGGUGGUGCCACCUCUGGGCGCCCGCGGUGCCGACGGCGCUGUGCGCGCCGGGGGACACGACGAGGCUGUGCGCGCGCGCGUCGCUCGGCUCCUACCGCCUGCGCUACGGCGAUGCGGCGUGA